AUGUCCAACUCGAACGGCGACAGCUCGCCUAAGACUGCUCCUGAGAGCAAAAAAGCGAAGCCCCAGGAUCUACGCCAACCACAUCCCAACGCACAACAGACCGAGGAAUUUGGCAUCGUCUUACGCGACUUUUAUCCCCCAGAGAUGAGCAAUGACCGAUGCAAGGCCUACAAUGAUGGUACCAUUGAACGACCCAUCGAUACGUUGGAGAAGGCAUGCAAAGACACAGCAGACAAGCGACGAGCCGUGACACCGGGCAAGGCGGUCGUCCAUUGGUUCAAGACCGACUUACGACUCCAGGACAAUCGUGCGCUCAGCACUGCCUUUCAAAUUGCCAAAGACAAUCAGAUUCCUGUGAUUGGAGUCUACAUCGUGUCUCCAGAAGACUUUGAGGCUCAUCUGACGAGUCCCGCCCGCGUCGACUUUACGUUACGAACAUUGAAACAGCUUCAAAAAGAUUUGUCCGAGCUGGACAUUCCGUUGUACGUCGAGACGCAGGAGAAGAGGAAGAACAUCCCAACCCGCAUCGUGGAGUUGUGUCAGCAGUGGGAGGCGAAGCACCUGUGUGCGAAUCUCGAGUAUGAAGUGGAUGAACUGCGACGGGAUGCCAAGGUGGUUCGUCGAUGUGCGGAUCACGAUAUUGACUUCACCCCCUCGCACGAUACUUGUGUUGUCACGCCGGGCCUGUUGAUCACCGGGGCCGGCAAGCAGUAUGCAGUCUAUACCCCGUGGUUCCGCUCGUGGUUACGUUUCCUCAAGGAGAACCCAGAUUAUUUGGAGAUGUCCGAAGACCCAGGGACCAACCCGGGGGACGCGAGAAAGCAAUUCGCCGAUCUCUUCGACUGCAAGAUCCCGGACAUGCCAAGCAGUAAAUCGCUGUCUGAAAAGGAAAAGAAACGAUUCGAAGAGCUCUAUCCGGCAGGGGAACAUGAAGCCACUCGUCGAUUGGAAAAGUUUCUGAAGGAGAAAUGUGGCGACUAUGACAAGAAUCGCAGUAUGCUGCCCGGAGAGAACACCUCCGCGCUGAGCCCCUACUUCGCAUCUGGGGCGAUCAGUGCUCGCACGGCCGUGGUGACGGCGAAGCGGGCCAACAAGAACCAUCUGGAUCGGUAUGAUCAGGGCCAUAUGACUUGGAUCAGUGAGGUGGCCUGGCGUGAUUUCUAUCGCCAUGUCCUUGUGCACUGGCCGUUUAUUUGCAUGAACAAGUGCUUCAAGCCCGAAGCGACCAACAUUGAAUGGGAGUACGAUGCGGAUCAGUUCCAGGCCUGGUCCGAGGGCAAGACCGGGUUCCCCAUUGUCGAUGCUGCAAUGCGACAGCUGAAGCACUGUGCCUGGAUGCAUAAUCGCACACGUAUGGUGGUCUCGUCCUUUUUGUCCAAGGACCUGAUGAUCGACUGGCGUCGAGGCGAGCGAUUCUUCAUGGAGCAUCUGAUUGACGGCGACUUUGCGUCUAACCACGGCGGAUGGGGAUUUGGAUCGAGUACUGGGGUGGACCCCCAGCCGUAUUUCCGCAUCUUCAACCCACUGCGACAAAGCGAGCGAUUUGAUCCCGAUGGAGAAUACAUUCGACACUGGGUGCCGGAGCUGCGUGAUGUCAAGGGUAAUGCCAUCCACGAGCCCUACAGUCGGGGUGCCGGGGCGAUCGCCCAGAAAAAUGGAUACCCCCGACCGAUCGUGGAACAUGCGGCGAGUCGAGAUCGGGCGCUGGCUCGGUACAAGAGUGCACUCCAGGGGUGA